CGUGAGUAUUUCCACACAGUCAGUUUGGGUUUGAGGCGAAGGCGGUCGAGGUUGUUGUGUCCGUCUCGGCGAGGCAGGAAACUUGCCGGACAGCUACUUUCUUCACCUCUGACGCCCCCGGACAACUAGAGAAACAGCAGACACAGUGACUGGAAAUGUUUCUCCUACACAGUAGCGUUUCUACGUUCAACAGUGGAGUUGUGACCCUUUUCUGAAGCCGUGCGUGCGAUUCUGUGUCUCGGAUAUAUUCCCUCUCGGACUCGGAAAGUUUACCAGGACUUGGCGAGGGUUUCAUUCUAUUCCUGGAUCGUCUCUGGUUAUUUCUGGACGUGGGAAAAGUCUUCAGGGUUGCCUAGGAGCUUGUACUUGUGGUAUAUUUUGGACUGUGGACGGAGAAGGCUAGCGGUGGCUAGCUGGAAGCAAGCCUAGGAUCAUGACAUCUGCUCCGAAUGUCCUUGCCAAGGCGCUGUAUGACAACAUCCCCGAGACUCCCGACGAGCUGGGCUUCCGGAAGGGCGACAUCGUGACUGUCCUGGAACAGAACACCCAGGGCCUGGAGGGAUGGUGGCUCUGCUCGCUCCACGGGCGCCAGGGCAUCGCCCCCGGCAACCGGAUGAAGCUCCUGGCGGGGAUGUACGACAAGCCGUUCUCUCCCACCCCCCAGGGGGGGCAGCCGCAGCAACAGCCGCUGUACCAGACGCCAGCAAAGGCAGCAGGAUACCAAGUGCCCCCCUCCCACCAGUACCAGUCCCCUCCCUCCCACCAACCGUUAUACAAGGUCCCCAGCUCAGGGGGUAGCUACUCCACUCCCUCCCCCUUCACCCCAUACUCCACCCCCUCCCCCCACUCAGUAUACAAUGUGCCGACAUCCCACGGCGGGUUUGCCUCCACGUACCAGGUUCCGCCGAGCUCGUCCGGUUACCAGGUCCCGCCGGCGCUGACCACGUCGCCGGGGUACGGUUACCCGGCACAGCAGACCAGCCCGGGUUACCAGGUCCUGCCUGCUGCAGUCAGGGAACAGAACUACCAAGUCCCACCCUCGCUACAGAGGCAGAGAAACUCCGCCACCAACAUUAGUACAAACAAGGUGGUGACCCCCAGACGAGUAGGACAGGUGUACCACUACGAGUCUCCGACCAAACUGGAGCAGGAGACCUACGACACCCCUCCCCAGCGCAGCCAACAGGCCGCUCUCCACAACAGGCAACACUCCGGGGGCCCGCAGGAGUUCUACGACACCCUGCCCAAGAGAGAGCAGAGGCCCGACAUCUACGACAGCCCCUCCAAGAUGUCCUCCAAGCCGCCUUCGGAGACGUACAAUUCGCCGCGAUCCAACAGAUCGAGCAUGGAGAUCUUAGACACGUACGACAUGCCAAAGUCCAACAGAUCCAGUAUGGAGAUAUUAGACGUUUAUGACAUUCCCAAGUCGGAUAAGCUGGCGUUCGAGCCGACUGAAGUGUACGACGUUCCCAAGUCUACGCUAGGCGGCAGUGAACUCGGCAUGACGUACGACACUCCGCCCCGACUGAAGCGAACCCAACGGCUUCCGAGCGACCUAGAAUAUGAUGUGCCAGACUCUCCGAAGAAGAAAUCGAUGGAUCCAGAGGAGGUUUAUGACAAGCCUCCCCCUCCUAAGGAGGCGUAUCCGCAAGAUGUGUACGAUAUUCCAAUGAACAACGCGCCUGCCGAGAUCUAUGACGUUCCCAGCAAGGACGCGGGAGUCAAAGUCAUGGCUGUUCCACCGCAAAAGGCGGGACACACGGAGGAUGACUAUGACGAUUACGUGUACGACGUUCCACCGCAGGUGUCGCGAGAUCAGCCAAACGGUACGACGACUUUCACAAGCUCCCGGCGCUCCCUUGAUGAGGUGGACAGCGGUUUCAACAGGCUAUCGGUUUCAACGACAUCGUCUACAUCAUCCGAGUCUCUUACCAUGAUACCGCCUGGUAAGGAACUGAACCUUGACCUGCACGCUGCCAUGGACUUGUUGGGAAAGCUUCAGAGCGAAGUCGACUACGCGGUCUCGCGAUUGCUCAGCUUCGUCAACAAGGACUGGCGCAAGAAAGAAAGUAUGGAGAAGAACGGCGCGGAGGUCAAGACAAACUGCCUAAAGGUCAAGAUGGCGUUAGGAGAGUUCAUUGAGUUCGCACACGGUGCUAUUGCCAACUCCAUGAAGGCAGCUGACCGAAGCCUGCACAAGAAGUUGUCGCGGCAUCUCAUGCCUCUGCAGGACACGCACGACGCUCUCGUGAAGACAAGCAAGGCCCUCGAGGCUAACGAUUGGUCGAUGGACUGUAUGGUUAAGAACCAGAUCACGACGGUGCCGGACGACUUGGACCAGUUUGUGUCAGCGUCCCGCGGCGUGCCAGAAGACGUGAAGCAGCUUGCGUCCUUCAUUCACGGGAAUUCGCUCCUCUUGUUCAAACGUGCCAAGACGGUGGCAGAAAUGGCGAAACAGCAGGGUUCUCCCCCGCUAUCUCCCGAUGCGGACAAGCCAGCUCUCAAACCGAAGCCGGUGUGGCUGAAGAGAGGGGACAGUGCCGACGGGGAAACAUCAUCGAAACCCACCAGAGAAAGUUCAAAGAAAGAAGUCCAGUCUCGCCCCCUCCCUGCGCCGCCGCCUCAAGAGAAGAGCUCAGACAACGACUCGUGCAUCGCCGACACCGAGGAGGAAGAAAACCUGUACGAAAACGACAGCAAAGACUGGAUGGAGGAUUACGACUACGUCCACCUGCAGGAAAAGGAGGCCUUCGAACGUCAGCAGCGCAAACUGCUGGAGCAUCAGAGGGUGGAGAAGGAAAACAUGGAGAAAGACCAAGUCCACCAGUUUGAGAAACUUGAGCAGGAAGUAUCCAGGCCUGUGGAGUCCCACAUGAAUAAUUGGACACCCCCAGCCAACCUGGGGCCCACGCGACUCUGCCGCACAGACAAAGAACUCCUCGUGUUCUACAGCCAACAGAUGAACUCUCACGUGACAACGCUACUGAACGCCAUCGACGCGUUCUUCACGUGCGUGGAGAGAAGCGAGUCGCCCAAGAUUUUUGUUGCACACAGCAAGUUUGUCAUCCUGGCGGCACACAAGCUGGUUUUCGUGGGGGACACUCUAUUCCGUUCCGUGGAACACAAUGACAUUCGCAAUAAGAUCAUGCACUGCAGCAACUUGCUGUGCGACACGUUGAAGAUGGUGGUCGGCGCUACGAAAACGGCGGCACUACAGUACCCAUCGGUCGCAGCCCUACAGGAUAUGGUAGAUCGCGUGACGGAAAUUUCUCACGCGUCACAACAACUAAACAUUACAGUUGGCCAGGCAGCCACAUUGUAGCCUAGCUAGCGUAAGCCUGUACAGUACUUACAAAAAUAUUGCUGUGUAAAUGGGACACGUUUCCCAGAUAUUAUCCACAAUGAAAAUGGUAUUUACUUACCAAGAAUUUUGUGAAGGGUAAAAAAAAUGUACAUAGGAGAGAUCACGCUCAAGCUUAAAAGUUGCAUUUGAACAUGUUGUGCUCUAUCUUUGUUUUGUGAGAAAGAGAAAAUUUAUUGAAAGAAAUGUAUGUUUUGUGCAAAAAUACUACUUAUGAUACAAGGAUGAUCAUGAAAGUAUAAGAACACGUUCAAAUUGGAAUAUAGAACCUAAGUACUUAACUAAUCUAGACUAUUUUUGAGGAAGAAAAAGGUGUGAAAGCAGAGAGUUUGUAUCGGAAAAAAAAUUACCAGAUUUGUGGUUGCAUUUUGAGAGUUUGAGAUAAGAUGCAAUAUUGAGAAGUUUUUGGCAAUGCCAAUGGGGCAAAGCCAUUUAAUUGAAAGUCUUUGAGAUCUAGGCAUAGGGUAAGCCAAGAUUGCAAUGUAAUUCUUUAAUGAUUAUGAAUGUUUGUAAAUCAGUGUAUAUAUAAGCCUAACACAGUUAUGUUGAAGUUUUCCUUUUGUUUUUUGCAUCACUUAAAGUUUCCACUUUAAAAGAGAAAGCACAGAAGAACCAUGAGAUUCUUAAGGUGUCAGAACUUAAAAUCUCAGAACUUAACGCAUCUUAGCACUGUACAGACGAUCUCUAAAAGACUAAAGCACUGUAUGCCAUCUGUGGAGAGAAUGAAACUAAGGUACUUUUUUCCGUGCCAGGCAGUCUCUUGUAGAAAGAGCUUUGAUUAACGGAGCUUACAACGAAGUGGCUAUCGAUGUAAUCCAGAGGGGUACAUGGACAAUUUCUUGAAGGAUUCUCUGAUUAUGCCUAAGAGAUUCAUAAUUCCAUGUUAGUUAAUGGAAUGACUUGUUUACAAACACUGUACCCUAGUUGGUUGACAUUGGUAGUUGCAAAGUGGGGUUGGUAGUCUUGUAGAACUUUCACACAUUCUCUCCAGCUGUAUAUGGCACUGCUAAUCACAGAAUAAUAAAAUGUUAAUAUUGA